AUGUCGGAUUCGGACGAGGACACGCCGACGGCGCGCGUCAAACCAGAGCGCACAACGUCGACAGGCAAGACGAGGCGGCGCGCGGUCGACUCGGACAGCGACGACGACCCCGACUCAUCCCCUCGUCCCGCAAACGGCGAUGAGGACCACAGCGACUCGCACACGGCCAAGCGUGUCAAGCUGGAGAAUGGAGUGAACGGGAAGGGCAAGGAGAGGGCUCGCGUGCAGGAUUCGGACGACAGCGAGGACGACGAGCGCGAGGACGUCAAGAUGGUCCCGAGGGAGAGGAAGCAGCUCGUGCGCGACGACACUGGCUACGUGACGGGCUCCAUCGUCCGCAUCGCAUGCCACUCGUUCCUCACCUACGACGAAGUCGAGUUCAACCCGGGCCCGGCGCUCAACAUGAUCAUCGGCCCGAACGGCACGGGCAAGAGCACCAUCGCAUGCGCCAUCGCCCUCGGCCUCGGCUUCUCCCCGAAGGUCCUCGGCCGUGCUACCAAGCUCUCGCAGUACUGCAAGAACGACUCGAACCAAGAGACAUGGAUCGAGAUCGAGCUCAAGGGCCACCCGGGCGAGAAGAACCUCGUCAUCCGCCGCUACCUCUACCGCGACUCGGAGAGGACCAAGUUCAUGGUCGACGGCAACGAGACUGCGGCGAAAGAGGUCGCAGAGAAGAUGGAGGAGCUGCAAGUCCAGGUCGGCAACCUCUGCACCUUCCUCCCGCAAGACCGCGUCGCUUCGUUCGCCAUGAUGACCGCCUCCGGCCUUCUUCGCGAGACGGAACGCGCGGCGGGUCACGAGCAGCUUUCGGCGUGGCACGAGGUCCUCAUCCAGGAGUACAAGACGUGCAAGGUUGCGCAGGAGGAAGUCGACCGCGUCUCCAAGUCGCUCAAGCGCAAGCAGACGAAGCAAGCCGAGACGGAGAAGGAAGUGCACGCCUUCCAGCAGCGCGAGCGUCUCGAGCAAGAGCUCGGCGAAGCGCAGGUCCUCCAGCGCGCGUUCGAGUACGACGUCGCGUACGAGAACUACCAGCGCGCGAGGCAGGAGAAGACGGUUGUCGCGAAUGAGAUUGCCGAGCUUGAAGAGCGCAACCGCCCGUUCAAGGAUAGCAAGGCGGCGCUCAAGAAGCUUGUCGACUCGAGCAUCUCGCAGCAGGACAAGCUCGCCAAGAAGGUCCAGCUUGCGCUCAAAGACGCCGAGUCGAAAAAGCAGCAGCUCGCCAAGGCCGACGACGAGCGUUCAGCGACGGCGGACAAGAUCCGACAGAUCAAGAGCGACGAGACGACGCGGCGCGAGAACAUCCAGAAGUGCCGCAAGGAGAUCGCGAAACUCGAGCCUAUCGUCGAGAACGAGCCGGCCGAAGCCGACACAUCCGAGAUCGACCGCCAGAUUCGCGACAAGACGAACGAGAAGAACGAUGUUGCGGCCAAGAUCCAGGAGACCGCUCAGGAGAUCGGCAACGUCCAGUACGAGGGUCAGCGGCUCAAGGCGCAGGAGGAUCAGUCGAGGCACGACCUCGCUCGCCUGCAGGAAGCCGGCAAGGUCCGCGAGGCGGCCUGUCAGCGCUUCGACCAGGACGCUUGGCGGGCUGUCGAAUGGCUACGGAAGAACGAAGACAGGUUCAAGGGGAAGAUCUACGAGCCCGGUCGACUCAAUCUUUUCCUGAAGAAGGAGUACAAGGGUCGGAAACUUGACGUGCUCGACAAGGGGCUCGUCGACAUGAUUGAAGGUCCGAUCCCGAUGAAUGGUUUCAGCACGUUCCUCUGCGAGUACCGCGAAGACUACGACCUCAUGUACAGCAUCCUCCACGACCAGCCGAACGCUCGACAGCCCGGUUCCGGUCUACGCUUCAACGGCGCCGAACUCGGCAACCCUGUUCCUAUCGACCGUAUCCCUCGCCCAUUGUCGGACGAGCAGCUCAACGCGCUUGGCUUCGACGCCUGGGCUAUCGACCUCAUCGAGGGUCCUCCGGCCAUCCUCAGUUGGCUUUGCCAGCAGCACAACCUGCACAAGGUGCCUAUCCAGCUCGACCGUCGUCGCGUCGACGCUGCCGCCAUCGAGCAGAACAAGGUCAUCCAGCGCUACUACACCCGCGAGGGAUCCAGCUCAAUCAAGUACUCGAUGUAUGGCGGCCGCUUCGCGCAGACGGACCAACGUGCGCCGCAGCAAGCCAAGAUCCUCAACAGUUCCGUCGACCAGAGCCGCAUCAGCACCGUGACAAAGCGCAUCGAGGAGACUCACGAGGAGCGCAAGAGGCUGCACGGCGAGUUACAGCGACUCGGCCGUGUCGAGAGUGACUUGCGCGCGCAGGCGGAUCAGCUUACGGCGGAAAGGGACGAGCUCAUGCAGGAGCGCAGUGCCAUGUCUAAGGCUCGCACGGCGUGGCAGAGGUCCAAGUCGAAGCUCGCCUCGCUCCAGAGCUCGCUCCAGCGCGAGCUGAGCAAGCCGUCGGCGACCGAGAAGCGCGAGCAACUCGCGGCCCGGAUGCGCAAGCUCAUGGAGAAGCGGGUCAAGCUUACGAUCGAGUACAAGGACCUCCUCGUCAAGGCCGCCGACGUCCAGGAGUCGAGCAUCAAGGUGCACCUGCAGACUUUGCAGGCCGAGAGCGACCACCGCGCGAUGGACCUCAUGGUCCGCGAGCGCGACGAGGAGCUCGAGGAGAAGAAGGAGGCGCUCGAGCGGGCUACGGCCGCGGUCGCCGCCCUGCUCAAGGAGGGCAAGCGCCACAAUGCGGCGUACCAGGAGGCCGUCGCAGCGCUCAGCGACGAGCAGAAGGAGCGCGUCAAGGAGCGCCGCGAGUCGGGCGAGGAGACGCUGCAGACCAUCGAGGAUAAGAUUGUCGAGAUCGAGUCGAAUCUCAACUGCACGAUCACCGUCAGCCCGCUCGUCCUCGACGCGUACAACAAGCGCAAAGUCGAGAUCAACGACCUCAAGUCGAAGCUCGAAGACGCCGAGGAGAAGCUCGACGAGUCAAAGAAGGUCAUCGAGACGACCGAGGGUCGCUGGUUGCCUGAGCUGGAGCAUCUCGUCGGCGAGGUCUCCGCCAAGUUUACCGCUUCUUUCGAGACCCUCGGCUUGCUCGGCGAGGUCCGCCUCGCGAAGGACCCCGACUACGAGAAGUGGGGCAUCGAGAUCAUGGUCUCGUUCCGCGACCGCAAAGACAACUCGACCGAUGUCGAGCUUCACGUCCUCAGCGGGCACCGCCAGUCGGGAGGAGAACGCGCCCUCACGACCGUCACCUACCUUCUCGCUCUCGCCGAGCUGGCUCGUGCGCCAUUCGCGCUCGUCGACGAGAUCAACCAGGGCAUGGACCAGCGCGCCGAGCGCAACAUGCACAAGAUGCUCGUCGAGACAACGUGCAAGGCCGAUGUGGGACAAUACUUCCUGCUCACGCCGAAGCUCCUGCCCGACCUCGCCUACCACCCGAAGAUGAAGGUCCUCGUCAUCAACGUCUCGCCCUGGAUCCCCGAGACUCUCUCGCUCCAAGGCAUCCUCGACGCGAAGCGCAAGCUCAACAAGCGCAAGGGCCUGCCGAACGGACGGGCUAUUGCGGCGCACUGA